CACUACCAGCUCCCUGGAGUGCUAGCCAAUCGUUGCUCGGCGCCUAAAGGGGCAGUACCCGCGCGAGCCAUUUGACAUGGCGGAGGACGCCUCCUCAGCGGCUCCGAGCCCACGGGGCUGUGCGGAUGGUAGGGAUGCCGACGCUACCGAGGAGCGGAUAGCAGAAACGGAGAGGAACGACGAGGAGCAGUUCGAGUGCCAGGAACUGCUCGAGUGCCAGAUGCAGUUGGGGGCUUCCGAGGAGGAGGAGGAGGAUGCGGGCUUUGUGGCCGAGGCCGAGGCUGUGGCUGCCGGCUGGAUGCUCGAUUUCCUCUGCCUCUCUCUUUGCCGAGCUUUCCGCGACGGCCGCUCCGAGGACUUUCGCCAGACCCGCGACAGCGCCGAGGCUAUUAUUCAUGGACUAUCCAGUCUAACAGCUUAUCAGUUGAGAACUGUAUACAUAUGUCAGUUUUUGACAAGAAUUGCAGCAGGAAAAAACCUUGAUGCACAGUUUGAAAAUGAUGAACGAAUUACACCCUUAGAAUCAGCCCUGAUGAUUUGGGGUUCAAUUGAAAAGGAACAUGACAAACUUCACGAAGAAAUACAGAAUUUAAUUGAAGUUCAGGCUAUAGCUGUUUGUAUGGAAAAUGGCAACUUUAAGGAAGCAGAAGAAGUCUUUGAAAGAAUAUUUGGUGAUCCAAAUUCUUGCGCGCCUUUAAAAAGGAAAUUGCUUAUGAUAAUCUCUCAGAAAGAUACAUACCAUUCUGUAUUUCAACACUUCAGUUACAACCACAUGAUGGAGAAAGUUAAGAGUUAUGUGAAUGAUGUGCUAAGUGAAAAAUCAUCAACCUUUCUAAUGAAGGCAGCAGCAAAAGUAGUAGAAAGUAAAAGAGCAAGAACAACAACUUCUCAAGAUAAACCUAAUGGUAAUGAUGUUGAAAUGGAAACUGAAGCUAACUUGGAUACAAGAAAAAGUGUUAGUGACAAACAGUCUGCGGUAACUGAAUCCUCAGAGGGUACAGUAUCCUUAUUGAGGUCUCACAAGAAUCUUUUCCUAUCUAAAUUGAAACAUGGAACCCAGCAACGAGAACUUAAUAAAGAAAGAAGAGUAGGAACUCUUCAAAGUUGGUUGAAUCCACAGUGUGGAACCUGCAAAUAUAGAGGGCCAACGAUAGGUGCAAAAAGGAAAAAAGAAAGCAGAAGAGCCACCAAAAGUAGAAUACCUGUUUCGGAGAGUCAACCGGUGACUCCUGAAAAACAACGAGCUAGAAAAAGACAGGCUAUUGGCAUGGCUGGAGUUGUUAUGAUUUUGUAUUGAUUUUAUUUUUGAUUUUUCGAGAAAAUAAAAGACUAACAACAAUAGAACAAAAGAAGUGGGUUUUAUGGGUUUAAUGUCCAGAAAUAGAUCAUCUUAAACUCUUCCCUUAAACUAUUACUAUGAAUGGAAUCUGGUACAAUCAGUUUAAUGUAUAAAAUGAGGAAAUGGAAAGUUUUAAGCACAGUAGUAGACUUUAUGAAAUUGUACUGCCCUUAUGUUUUCUUUCUGAUCUGACACUGAUAGGUCAGUUGUGUCACUCAUUCAACUCUAGCUAUAGAAAGUGGUAGGAGUUGGUGCCAGUGAUUACUAGACCACUUUAACCUCUAAACUUAAAAAUAAGAGCUUUCCUUACUUGCCAGACUGAUAGCUUAUUCUAUAUGAUGUUUUUCAAGACUCUUUCAGUCACAGGUAAAAUUAAGCAAAGACUGAAAACGUUUAGAUCAAGCAAAAUAAUCAAGGCAUAAUCAUUAUAUCAAGGUAAAGUUACUAUUUUUCAAUAGAAGAAAAAUAUACUUAAUGCUAAACACUGUUGUUCAGUUAAUCUUUACUGACAACAUUACUACUUUCCUCUAGGUUAGGGGUGAGCAAAAUUUUUCUAUAAAGAGCAAGAUUUAUAGAAACUAUGUAUGUGAAAUAUUCAUAGUUUCUGUUACAUAUUUUAAAUAUUUUAACUUUUUAAAUGUAAAAAUGAUGCUUAGCUGCAGGGCUGUAGAAAACCAACCUUGGACUGGGUUUUGGCAGUAACUUGCUGACCCCUGCUAUAGAUGAUCCACUGGAAAAUAACUGCUUAAGCUUACUGCACCCAGGACUCCAAAUAGGAUUCAAACAGAGAAUAUUGGUCACUUCUUGAAAGAAAAGGGCUUUUGUAUUGUGUAAGACAUCAUCUAUGCUCCUUAUUAAAAAUACUAUAGCUCAGAUAAAAACAAGAAAACAAUGCUGUAUAUGUGUAUGAAAUAUUCCUAAACCACAGACUACUUUUUAAAGCUAAUGAUAUAUGACAACUUCUUGAAAGAACAGAAAUUCUUAAUUUGGAGACCAUGGAGUUGAUAGGCUCUUUAAAGGGAGUCUAUGUGGCCCCCAAAUUUGUAUAUAAAAUUUUAGAUACAUACACUUUUCUGUGGAGUGGAUCUAUAAGAUUUAUGUGACCCCAAAUAUUAACCCACUGUUGAAGUCCUUUUAAUCAGUCACCCCACAUAUGAAAAAUUUAUUAAUACAUCUCUUGUUUUUUAUCAGUUAAUGACAAGCAGUGUCGUGAGGUUUUGUAGGAAUGAAGGCUGAGUCAGGCAGUAAUAGAUGGGCAUAGGAGGCUGUCAGUCUUUGUCUAGAGAUUGAAUAGCCACCUACUUGUAAGCAGUACAGUUGCCGAUAGGUGUGCCACAGACAAACAAGUAAAAGCAGGUACAGAAGAGACCAGGUUGGUAUCUUGGAUUAAGUUACAAAGCAGAGGGAUGGCAAGAGCAGAUAAUCAGGUUUAAGGUAGCUCAAACAAACUUAUACCUGGGGUUUAGUUGUGGUCACUGCCAACUCUUUGGUAUCAAGUCAUAUGCAAGAUGGUUUUCACAUCAUGUUUGUCUUCCUCAGGCCACCUUGAAUUCUUUCAAUAAUGGCAUCAGACAAGAGGUUUUUUUUUUUUCUUUAAUUGUAGUAAAGUACACAUGAUAUAAAAUUUGUCAUUUACCAUUUUAGCUUUUUUUUCUUUUUUUUUUUUUUUUGAGACGGAGUUUCGCUGUUGUUACCCAGACUGGAGUGCAAUGGCAUGAUCUCGGCUCACUGUAACCUCUGCCUCCUGGGUUCAAGCAAUUCUCCUGCCUCAGCGCCCUGAAUUGCUGGGACUACAGGCGCGCACCACCAUGCCCAGCUAAUUUUUGUAUUUUUAGUAGAGACGGGGUUUCACCUUGUUGACCAGGAUGGUCUCGAUCUCUUGACCUCGUGAUUCACCUGCCUCAGCCUCCCAAAGUGCUGGGAUUAUAGGCGUGAGCCACUGCGCCUGGCCAUUUUAACUAUUUUUAAAUGUACAGUUUGGUAGCAUUAAAUAUAUUCUUAUUGUGCUACCAUCACUACCAUCUAUGAUAGCACUCUUUCUCUUACAAAACUGAAACCGUACCCUUUUAACAGUAACUCCAUUUCCAUCCCCCCAACCCCCUUGCAACCAUCAUUCUACUUUCUGUUUAUGAAUUGAACUAUUCUAGGUAACUCAUAUCACUAAAAUAGUAUAAUAUUUGUCUUUUUCUGUCUAACGUAAUGCUCUCAAGGUUCAUCUAUGUUCUAGAAUGCACUGGAACUUUCUUUUUAAGGCUGAAUUAUAAAUAUUUUGUUUAUCCAUUUAUCAAUUGAUGGACAGUUGGGUUGCUUCCACAUUUUAACUAUUGUGAAUAAUGUUGCUAUGAACAUGGUUAUACAAAUAUCUCUUCAGGCCCCAGCUCUCAACUCGCUCUCAACUCUUUUGGAUAUAUACCCAGAAGUGGAAUUGCUGGAUCGUAUGGUAGUCCUUUUUUAAAUUUUUUUGGUUAACUGUAUACUGUUCUCCAUAGUGGCGCUGUAAUUUUACAUUCCCACCAACAGUGUGCACAGGUUCCAAUUUAUCCAUAUUCUCACCAACACUUAUUUUGUGUUUUUUUGAUAACAGCCAUCUGAAUGAAUGUGGGUUGAUGAACUGGGUUUUUAAAGAAAAUGUGAAGUGCUGGAGAAUUUCUUGUAGUCUAGUCACAGUAAAUAAUCACGCAGAUGGUCAGAUUGCUUUUUUGGCAUGCCAACAGAAGGAGUAAUUAGUUGGUCACCUGUAGCAAAUGCCAAGUAUCAGUAAUUUUUUUGUGUAUAGUAUUAAAUUUGCUUUUUAAAUUUUUUAUUUCAGGCAUUUUCUCUCAGCCUAAAAUUAGAUGUUUUUAAUUAGUUUACGUUAGUUGUGUUUUUCAAAGUCUGUUUUAAACAAGAUUUGAGUUGUAUAUGUGUGUGUAAUACUUCCCCUAACAUAGGCAGAACAGGGUUUCCACUGAGUUCAUUAGUGAACUACUAAACAUUCAUAAAUUCUAUUUGGUGAUUUGGAGGAUUAAUAAAUACAACUGUUAACAGUUGUAGAAGAGCAUUUUAAGAGAUAGUGUAGCCUUAAAGUCAGACAAAUUGACUUGACAUGUAGCACUGUCACUUUCUAUCUGAUCUUGGCCAGGUGAGGUUACAUCAAAUGAACAGUAAUAAUAAUGAUCCCUAAAAAUGUUACGAUAAAUGUAAAAUCUCAUAAAAAUCUAGGAAAUGUUUAGAAAAAUCUUCUGUCUUUAAGAAACUGAGCAUUAUUUUGAUUUUUUUUAACUGAUAUUUGUAGUAGGUAUUUUUUUAAAUAAUUGUUUCUGUUAAUAACUGUUUUACUUUUUAU